AUGCAUUUCUCCGGCCAAUCCGUCUACCUUGGAGUGACGUUCCUGUCAUCCUCCACUGCUGUCCUGGCAGCUGUUCAGCCAUGGGGACAGUGUGGUGGCAUGAACUUCAAGGGUGAUACCGCCUGCGCUCCAGGAUGGACUUGCAAUAAGUUCAACGACUGGUACUCGCAGUGUAUUGGAGGCAACAUGAACCAGCCAGGACCAGUUGCUCCUCCUCCUGCUGUUCCUCAGCCUUCCAACGACUCUGCGCCUACUCUUUCCAGCGUUAUCGUUGAGCCCACUCCCAACGCCACGAUCCCAACUGGACGUCCCUCGACCAUGAUGACGCUAAUCGCCACCGGAUCUCCCAUUGCUAAGCCUGUCGCUGUCAGCUCAAGCCCUGCCGCCGCUCCUAUCAAAGCUUCUUCUUCCAAGCCCGCCGCCGCAAAGCCCACCAGCAACGGUGCCAAUGGCGUCAAGUGCUCUCUCGAUGCAGCCUUCAAGGCCCACGGCAAGAAGUACCUGGGCAACAUCGCCGACAGCAACCUUCUCUCGAACACCGUGAACGCUCAAAUCCUCAAUGACAACUUUGGUCAACUCACCCCUGAGAACUCCAUGAAGUGGGACGCCACUGAGGCCACCCAGGGCAAGUUCACUCUAGACAACGCCAACGUCCUUGUCGACUGGGCUACCAAGAACGGAAAGCUGAUCCGUGGACACACUACUGUGUGGCACAGCCAGCUGCCUACCUGGGUUAGCUCUAUCACCGACAAGACGAAGUUGGAGGAGGUUAUGGUUGCCCACAUCAAGAAGCUUAUCGGCACAUACGCUGGCAAGGUCUACGCAUGGGACGUAGUCAACGAGAUCUUCACCGAAGAGGGUGGUUUCCGCUCGUCCGUCUUUUACAACGUUCUCGGUGAAAACUUCGUCAAGAUUGCAUUCACCGCCGCCCGUGCCGCCGAUCCCGCCGCAAAGCUCUACAUCAAUGACUACAACCUUGACUCCCCCGCGUACGCCAAAACCAAGGGCUUUGCCGCUAACGUCAAGAAGUGGGUCGCCGCCGGUGUCCCCAUCGACGGCACAGGUUCCCAGUCCCAUCUCGGCGGCAGCUGGCCCAUCCAGGAUGUGCCCGCCGCGCUGAAGAUGAUUUGCGCCGACGUCAAGGAGUGCGCAAUGACCGAGCUCGACAUCAAGGGCGCCAGCCCCACCGACUUCACGACUGCUGUCGGCGCCUGCCUGGACGAGAAGAAGUGCGUUGGUGUCACUAUCUGGGGUGUCAGUGACAAGGACAGCUGGAGGAAGGGCGAGAACCCAUUGUUGUUCGACCAGGGUUACAAGGCUAAGGAGGCGUACAACGCGCUUUGCACGCUCUUGGCUUAGACCGCAAAAAUCAGGGGAGGAGGAAUUUUGUUUUUUGUAUAUAAUGGGUCUCGCGGUUGAGACCUGAUUACUUUUUUUUUACUUCUUAGAGGCGACGAGGAUGACUCGGUUCGCAUUUACUUCAAAAGUGUAAACAUAAUACACUAUUACUUGAGAGCACUAUGCUCGAAGUGUUC